AUGGCACUUGUGACAUCAUGUACAUCACGUAAUACAAGCCCUCGAACAAGCCAUGAUAGCAAUGGGUCUCUUGAAUCAUUAUCCACAGCUAAUAACAGCAGCAGUGAUACAAGUAGUAGCAGCCGUACGCAUAGGAUAACUUCAUUGGGAAUCGUACGGCUGGAACAUGUUAUGGAUCAUUUGCUGCAAACAUCAUCAUCAUCAACGUCCACCACCACCAGCUCCGAUAGUACAUGCAUCAAGAUCAUGGAUGAAAAGACGCAUACAACAUCAAAAAAGAGCGACGUUGCUAGUCAUAGACUAUCCUGGAAUCACGCCGAACAACCUGAUCAGGUCUCAAAAAGUACAAUUACAUGCAGCAGCAAAGCAAGUAGUGAAACGGUCAUCUCCAAAGCAUAA